CGACUCCUAUCUAGCAAGAUACCACGCGCCCGCGGCCCAUCAAAAUCGGUAACGUUUUCUUCCAACAUAGGACACGACUAUACCUGUAAAUAGCGGUUCCUUCUGUACAACUUGUUUGCAGAGGAAGAAAAUGACAAUCACAACCACAACUUGCGUCCAAAAUGGCUGCCUCAUGGUGAGAGGAAAGGUGGUCCUGACUGGGGUUCCAAACAACGUAGUUGUCUCUCCCGGAAGCUCAGCCUCGGCCUUCUUAGGUGCAACUUCAACACUAGCCAGUUCUCGCCAUGUUUUCACUCUUGGGGUUCUUGAGGGAUUCAGGCUUUUGUGUCUGUUCAGAGCAAAAAUAUGGUGGAUGAUACCACAUUAUGGGAAAUCCGGUGGCGAAAUUCCCAUGGAGACUCAAAUGCUUCUUUUAGAAGCAAGAGAAGAGUCCAUUGUGGAUGAUGACAUUUCUUCUGAUCCAUCAUCAUCUGAAAACACAUUCUACAUUCUCUUCUUGCCUGUGUUAGACGGGGAAUUUCGAACAUCAUUGCAGGGGACUCCUGCAAAUGAGCUUCAAUUUUGUGUCGAAAGCGGUGAUGCCAAUGUCCAAACCUUACAAACAUUGGAGCCAGUGUUCAUAAAUUCAGGAGACAAUCCAUUUGAGCUAAUAAAAGAAUCCAUUAAGAUAUUGGCAGAGCACAAGGGGACGUUUAGUCAUAUUGAAAGUAAAAAGAUCCCUGCACAUUUGGAGGGUUUGGGUGGUGUACUUGGGAUGCUUUUUACACUGAAGUUAAUCCAGAAGGCAUCAAAGAGGGUCUUCAAAGUUUCUCUGAUGGAGGUUGUGCACCAAAGUUUUUAAUUAUAGAUGAUGGAUGGCAAGACACAGUGAAUGAAUUCAGUAAAGAAGGCGAACCUCUUACUGAUGGAAAAGGGUUUGCAACCAGAUGAUCGGUGGAUAUCAAAGAAAACAGCAAGUUCAAG